CUCAUUAAUACGAGUCUGUCGUCAUUGCCAUGAAAGCGUUUGCAUCUAAACACGAUGUCUAUGCACAGAGGGGUGGGCCCCGGACAAGCCUGUCUGCUAGGCUAUUAGCUACUUACUGUACGUUCCGUCAGCUGCACACCUCCAGAGGCUGACCUACCCGUCCUGACGACAAUACACGCCUCCAUCCCAUCUGCCUGUAUCAUCCACUCUCGCCAAUCACAUCUUCGCUUCGUGCAAGUACACCAACCCCAUCUCUGCCGACGCCACUUGUUGCGCAGACAGACCACCCCAAGUCUACUACUAUACUACAGCCGCUGCCCAGUCCCAUCCCGUCUCGGCCACUAUUACUACCUCGGCUCGACACUGCUACAUCAGACCAUCUGCAUGUUGUCGAGGAUGCGGUCAUCGUCGUUCAGCCCGUGCCUGAGCGACAGCUCGAUGCCCCAACGCUGCGCCUCUGACCGCACGGCGCGGUAGAGCACCUCGCAGACGCUCAUGCACCGAUUUGCCACACCUCCUAUGGCGAACGGCCGCAGCGGUGGCUGGCCCGGCCCGCCCACCACAUGGACGUUGCCGUCCUGGAUGAUGCUGCGGCUGGCGGCCGUCACGUACCGCUGAAGCGCCCGGUCGAUGCGUGUGCCGAACGGCUUCUCACCGAUGGGGAGGGAGGGGGAGGCGGUAAGCAGGGAGGCGAUCGUCGUCUGGAUCUCGGGAGGAAGAGUGGCAUGUGUCGUCUCGCUGAUGGGGAUGGGUUGGGCUAGCGAGGCCGCGAUGGAGCGGCUGGGCUGCAGGGCGGUGUUGAUGGCCCGGAUGGUCUCAUGAGGGACGGUGGUGUUGACGAACGUCUCGUAUGCCCUCACGAUCCUCCUCAGGGGCCAGUUUGCCUCGUCCUCCUCGUCGCUGUACUCGUCGACGUAGCCCCUCAUCCUCUGGCAGCGGUCGCAGUCCUCAUAGUCGUAGUCGAUGUCCAUGAGCAUGUCCCUCAUCAUAUCGCAGCCGCGGCAGGGCUCUCUCUCACGCUGCUCAACCCCGGCCUCUCUGAUGGCCCUCUGUGGGGUCACGCCGGCAGCCGUCAGCGAGGCACCGUGCGUGAGCAAGUCCAGCAGACCCGGCUCGACAGGCACACCCGAAGGCUCGUACUCGUCGUCGUCAGUCAUCUCACGCGCCAGGUCCCACAGCAGAGUGCUCCCGCUGCUGUCGGGCGUGUUGAUGUGCUCUGCUGCACCGAGGUAGUAGAAGCGUUGGAUGGUCUCUUUGCGGCCCGUGCGGCUGAGGGGCCAUGAGAAAUACGCGUCCCACAGCGGCCGCCUGCCGUCACUGUCAGUUGCGUUGACGAUGUCGCGCCCGCACAUCUCGACAAAGUAGUCGAUGAGCUGCUCCUGGCACUUGGGGUCGGGGAGGGUGUGCUUGCAGUAGCAGUGGAUGGGCUGCUUGCCGUUGCCGUGCACUUCUGUGAGGACAGAGCGGUCGCGCUUGGCGAUCUUCUUGACAAUGCGCAGGUGGGCAGCCGGCGACAGGCCCUUCGCUUCGCCCUCUACGGCCAUCUCCGACAGCAGCUGCAUGCCGUUGACGGCGGCCUUGUACUGCGGCUCGAGCAGGAUCUCCAGCAACGCCCACCGCCCCUCUCUGAUUGCGACCUCGAUGGUCGUGCGGCCCUCGGCAUGUGCGCUCGCGUCGAUAGGCGCCCCGGCGUCGAGGAGUGCUCGGAGCACCUUGCCAGCGGCUGGGCCAUGGUGGUAUGCAACCACCAGCCCCACCAGGCUGAGCCUGCGUCCAUUCCCGUCUUCGACGCCGUCCUUGAUGUUGGCCCCCUGUUCGAUGAGGCCGCCCACCGCGACUUCGUUUACGGUGCCGCACGCAACGUUGGUGGCCAGUCGCUUGGUCAGAUGGCAGGCACCAGCCUCGAACUGCAGCGUGACGGCCUUGCUCGCGGACGUGUGGAUGGUGGCCGUAUUGGGGAGCGAUGCAGGGAGGGCGUCAGGGUCUGGCAGGAGUGUGAAGGGGGACGGGCGCUGGGUGCUACUGAAGAGGGCUGACGCGGUGAAGGCAUGCUCAAACUCCUGCACAUCGCACAAGCAGAGGAUUUCACGCGACUCCAGCCUUUUUUCGCGUUGUGCACCUGCUCGGAGGGCGUCACGGAGGCCCAGUUGCGCUUGAAGUCUUCAAACGUGUCCAUGACGAUGAGUAGAAUGGCUGAGCGGCGGGUGGGUACACUGCGCUUCAUUAUCUGGGGCGUGCGGCCAGCGGAGCGUCCGUCCUCGCCCUCCUCCUUCAUGUGCUCGUGGCGCUUGAGCACGCUGUUGGUGUCAGUGACGGCGUACUGGUACUGGUGCUCGCCCGGCGGGAUGGCCACACACACUCGCCAGGCGUCGCAUGCGGGUGAAGGAGGGGCCAUGCGAUGAGUUUUGCCACCGAUGAGCAACGAAACUGAUAGAUCACAAGCCGCACCCAUUGCUCUGCAUAGAUCUGACUCCAUUCGUUAUCCUGCCCGCCUCUGUACCUGAUUCGUCAUGCUUGACGUCCUCAGAUGCCGUCAGUUUGAAGACUACCGGGAUAGUGUGCUUCUGGGUACCAGAUGUCCGGCCCUCGUAGAUGUCAGGCGGCGCCGAUCUGCCACUGCCACGAUGCUGCGCACUUGGCUGCACACGAGUGAGAUUUGCACACAGCAAGCAUAGGUGACAUCAUUGUUGCUUUUGUUGGUGCAUCACCUUUCGAAAAGUCUGUUUCGUGCGGGCCAUUCUAG